GCACUGGUGCCGGGAGCGGGUUAAGGUCAAGUAUAAUAUUAAUUAAAAUGUUUGUUGUUCUGAGUGGAACAGAAUCAUCUUUUUUUUUUCGAUAAAACGUUUCUUGCUUUUAAGUUCUAACUUUUACUAUUCCACCAACCAGCAGCUAAAGGAAGAUUUCCAUUGCUUUUAACGCUCUCUUUCUAUCUUCCUCUCAUCUCCCCAUUCCAUCACUGUUCAUUAUCAUCAUCACUAAUGGACAAGACAUCGUUCUCAAGCUGCAACAAAGGAAAGCCGAUUAGAUGCAAAGCAGCGAUAUGUAGAAAAGCCGGAGAAGCAUUGGUGAUAGAAGAGAUCCAAGUUGAUCCACCUCAAGCUUACGAAGUUCGUAUUAAAAUCAUAUGUACAUCUCUAUGUCACACCGAUAUCACUUACUGGAAAUUAACCCAUGGUCCUCGUGCAAAGUUCCCUAAGAUUCUAGGACACGAAGCAGUCGGUGUGGUCGAGAGCAUAGGAGAACAUGUGGACGGAUUUAAGCAAGGCGAUGUCGUUUUACCAGUGUUUUACCCUCAGUGUGAGGAAUGUAAAGACUGUAAAUCCCCAAAGAGCAACUGGUGCGCGAGAUUUUGCGACGAUUUCUUGUCAAACACGAGACGAUACGGAACAAGCUCUAGAUUCAAAGACUCCUCCGGUGAAAUUAUUCACCACCAUAUCUACGUAUCUAGUUUCUCUGAAUAUACAGUUGUAGAUAUCGCCCAUCUCGUCAAAAUCUCCCCUGAGAUCCCCGUUCACAAAGCGGCUUUGCUCAGCUGUUGCGUGUCCACAGGAGUUGGAGCGGCUUGGAAGGUGGCUGGUGUGGAGGAGGGUUCCACCGUUGCCAUUUUUGGCCUUGGGGCUGUUGGACUUGCGGUUGCAGAAGGAGCCAGGUUGCAUGGGGCCUCAAAGAUCAUCGGUGUGGAUCUUAAUCCUGACAAAUUUGAAAUAGGUAAGAGAUUCGGCAUCACGGACUUUAUCAAUACGGCUUCAUGUGGAGAGAAGACAAUAAGCCAAGUGAUUAAAGAAAUGACAGGAGGAGGAGUUGACUAUAGUUUUGAAUGCAUUGGUUUAGCUUCCUUGAUGGAAGAGGCUUUCAAUAGCUCCCGCACGGGUUCGGGGAAGACGGUAAUAUUGGGGAUGGAGAAGAACGCUUCGCCAAUAAGCUUAGAUAGUCGCGCUAUUCUCAGAGGUAGAAGUGUCCACGGAAGUUUGUUUGGUGGUCUAAAACCCAAACUUGAUAUCCCCAUUCUCGUCGAUCGUUAUUUGAAAAAGGAGCUUAAUUUGGAUGGUUUUAUCACACACGAGAUAAGCUUUGAAGAAAUUAACAAGGCUUUCGAUUUACUGGUGGAAGGGAAAUCUAUACGCUGCAUUAUGUGGAUGGAUAAAUAAUUACUUUCUGUAAAUUCUGUUGAUCCAUCCAUGUUCUUGAAUAUGGCUGGGAAAAAAUAUGUUUUUACUGAAAUAUCGCAAUUUAUCAUAUGUAAUUUCAUUUGUUGGCUAUUGUUUUAAUACAGAUUUGAAAAUCACAGAACCAAUAAUAAUAGAUUUAGUUCAUAAUUUAAAAUUCAUUGAAAUACAACAACCAAUAAUCCCUAUUUUAUCUUUUGGGUCUUUUUCUUCGUAACGAGUAACGACAGUGUUACCGUGUUCCAAAAUUAUUUAAUUUCCAUUAUUACGGAUUAAUGUAGAUAGAUAUACUGGGCCUAAAGAAGACUAAUGGGCUUCAGGCCCGUUUCAUGUCAGGAAAAGACACUGUCGUUUUAGUCUGUGUGGGAAAUGAGAAAUGGUCAGAUAGAUCCUGCAAGAACCUAAACCUAACACUCGUUUCUUUGUCAUCAGAAAAGAUUCUCUGUCUCUCCGAUCCUCGUCGAUCUGAAGAAUCUCGGAGACCACUCACUUCAAUGGCGGAAUCUGUAGCUUCUCAAACUCCGUCGCUCUCCGAGCAAUAUCAUUUGGAGAAGGAAGUGAAGCAAGACACAAGCGCGAAGCCUGUCGAGGUUGCACCAGAGGUUACUUCUCAAGCUGAAGAGGUUAGCACCGACAAAGCCAGUGAAGAGUCUCCUGCUGAGGACAAGUCUGAGUCUCCUCCUGCUGCUUCUGAAGAGGCUCCUCCUGCUGUGGUAGAGGAAGAGACUCCUGCUGCGGUGGAAGAGAGUAAUGAUGGCAACGCUAGUGAAGAAGUUGUUGAGGAGACUCCUGAUGAGAUCAAGCUUGAGACGGCUCCCGCUGAUUUCCGUUUCCCGACAACUAACCAAACAAGGCAUUGUUUCACACGUUACAUUGAAUAUCACAGAUGUGUAGCUGCUAAGGGUGACGACGCUCCAGAAUGCGAUAAGUUUUCAAAGUUUUACCGAUCUCUUUGCCCCGGUGAAUGGGUUGACAAGUGGAACGAGCAAAGAGAGAAUGGAACUUUCCCUGGUCCUCUUUAAAACACUCUCCUGCCUGAAGAAGAAUCUUCUUUUGAUGUUACCUUCAUGAUGUCAGCUCCAAUUACACUGCAGAGUUUAAUAAGAUUUUACUGAACCAGCACUUUUGGUUCCCCAUCAUAAGAUGUGAGAAUUUAACAACUAUAAUCUCAAUUUUUUAUAUCUAUAUGUUCAUCUCAAGUUUUGAGGA